AUUGCAGGGUACAAAAUGCUUAUUUAUGGGCUGUUGUUGACGUUGCUGGCCUCCACAGCAUCCGGUUACUAUAUUAACAUCGAUGCAAAUGAGGAGCAAUGUUUUUUUGAUCGAGUCAUCUCAGCAACAAAAAUUGGUUUGAUGUUUGAAGUGGCAGAAGGAGGAUUUCUCGACAUCGAUGUGAAGAUAACCGGCCCAGACAACAAAAUAAUCUACAAAGGAGAACGAGAAUCCUCUGGCAAAUAUACAUUUGCGGCACACAUGGAUGGCGUAUAUACUUACUGUUUUGGGAACAAAAUGAGUACGAUGACGCCCAAGGCUGUAAUGUUCACCAUCGAGAUCGUCGAACCUCAACAACAACAACAACAAGGCGCUGCUCAGAAUCAGGACGCAGCCGACAAUCAGAAACUUGAAGAAAUGGUCCGUGAACUGUCCACUGCACUUAUGUCAGUCAAACACGAGCAAGAGUACAUGGAAGUCCGAGAACGGGUUCAUCGAUCGAUUAACGAGAAUACUAACAGCCGUGUUGUGCUGUGGGCUGUGUUUGAAGCACUUGUUCUUGUCUCUAUGACAGUUGGACAAAUAUGGUAUUUGAAACGAUUCUUCGAAGUGCGUACUGUUGUCUAAAUGAACAAAUGCAAGUGUUAGACAAGCGCAAGGUAGGCUCCAUAGUAGGCAGUUUGACAAACUUCACCUCAGCGAUUAUUGGAACCUGCACGUGCCAAUCAUUUCUCCGAGUUUCUUCAGCUUUUGUCCACUUCUCGUCUUCCUUCGAGUAUUUAUUUUUCGGUUUACCGAAAUCGUUGCCUUAUUUGAUGUAAUAGUGUGUUUAUGCACUCAUGUGUAGAGAUAUAUUGGCUCUCGCAAAUUUUUUUUCUCAUGGUUGCCGUCUCUUAAAAUCACUAAAUUACGUUUUUGCUUCUUGGGUUCUUUUCGGUAUGUAUCAGAAUGUCUAAUUAAGAUAUGAUUUUUGUUUGAAGUACGAGUUCUGUAUAUUUAUCGUUACUGUGAUGUUACAGUGUAAUAUUGUUCCUGUUGAAGUAAAUUUUAUCUCGGUAUGGUGUCGA